AUGGAUAUAUUCGGAAUAUCGGCGGGUCUACUUGGAAUGUAUUUGAAUGGAAUUUAUACCGCGUUUUUCUGUUUCCAGGACCACCUAACAUCUUACAUUUACAUUCUACUUGGCAUAUUCGUCAUCACCGCUUAUGUACCGACUCGACAAGAUUUCUUUGAGCGAAAGAUUGUUGGCUCCCGAGUUGGUCUCCUUCACAUAAUUUAUUGUAUCAUCAUAACAUUCGGAAUCUGUCCGACAGUUCAUUGGGUGUUCCUUCAUGGUGGAUUUGAUAGUGAUCAUAAAUGGUUCCCCAAUGUUAUUGUACUCUACUCAUUGAUAGCUGCCGCCUUCAUGUUCUAUGUCACAAUGGUGCCGGAGAGACUUUGGCCAGAAGAUUAUGAUUAUCAGGAGGGAGAGUAUGAUGAGAGCUCUCAGGGUUCAGAUGAAAAAAACAAUGAUGACGCUACAGACUCUGAAGACGACAGCGCCGAGGAUUCAGAGGAAGACGAGUCAUCAGAAACCGAUGAUAGUCUUCCAAAAGAAGAUGUACUCCAGGAGCCUUCAGAAACUAGCCAUCACUACAAUGACAGAAGACGAAUCGGUGGGAGAGCUGCCCCAGUUUGGAACACGAGACAGUACCAGUAUUACCAUCUUUCUGUCCAUUAUCUCAUCAAUGUGUUUGUAAAGUUGAGGAGCGAAAUUGAUAUUUGA